UUGGCUAUCCUUUUCAAACGAAUCCUAAACAAAUUGUCCACUCAAUCCUCCAUCUUUUUCUCCGAGAACUCCAAGGAAAAAACUUACGUUUUGUUCCUUUUUUGUUUUGCUUGUUUCCAAACAUUGGUUCUCAUGAUCUCUUUUUGUAUUCCCUGGUUCCAAAAGCGCCUCCGCCCUACGAGGGGUCCUUCGAUCUGUUGAAGGUUCCCCUCAUGUCCUGCACAAACUUUGCCUCAUUGCAUUGUCUUCGGCUUCCCAUUUUUGACCCUAGAGGUGACGUCAACUACGGGAAUACUGUCCAUCGUUUGUUGGUGUUCCAAGCCAUUUUUUUCUUGCUCUUGGAACACAAGGUUUUCGGGGAAUUCAGGUUGCAAUCCUGGCAAAAUGAAUUGCUUCCCAUGCUUCUCGUCACAAAAAAGCAAGAAAGAAACCGGCAAAAGGGACCAUGACUCUUCGUUUCACGAGCUUAUUCAAUCAAGAGCGCCUGAAAAUAUGGAAGCUGAACAUGGAAACAUUGCUGCUCAAAGAUUCACAUUCCGUGAGCUAGCCGCCGCAACCAAGAAUUUCCGCCAAGAGUGUUUGUUGGGUGAAGGUGGUUUCGGAAGGGUUUACAAGGGGACUCUUCAGGCUACUGGCCAGGUGGUUGCUGUGAAACAACUUGACAGGAAUUCAAUACAAGGAAACAGGGAGUUUCUUGUAGAGGUUGCACAAUUGAGUCUCUUACAGCAUCCAAACCUGGUUAGUCUCAUUGGAUACUGUGCUGAUGGAGAUCAGAGGCUUUUGGUUUUUGAAUUCAUGCCCGGGGGUUCUGUAGAAGAUCAUCUACUUGAUAUGAAGACUGAAGGAAAACCAUUAGAUUGGAUAACCCGAAUGAAAAUAGCAUAUGGGUCAGCUCAAGCUCUAGAGUAUUUGCACGAUAAGGCCAAUCCGCCUGUAAUAUAUCGUGAUCUCAAGUCUUCAAACGUUUUGUUGGAUGAACAAUUCAAUCCCAAACUGUCUGAUAUUGGACUGGACAAGCUUGGCCCUUCAGCAGAAAAGAUGCCUAUGCAGUCAAGGACAAUGGGAACUUAUGGUUACAGUGCUCCAGAAUAUUCAAGAUCAGGUAAACUCACAACUGGUGCAGAUGUAUACAGUUUUGGAGUUGUUCUACUGGAGCUUAUCACUGGAAGAAGAGCCAUUGACACUACCAAACCUGUCGACGAGCAAAACUUAGUUGCUUGGGCACAACCAAUAUUCAGGGAACCAAAAAGGUUCCCAGAAAUGGCGGAUCCUUUACUUAAGAAGCGAUUUCCGGAAAGGGGUUUGAAUCAAGCUGUUGCAAUAGCAGCCAUGUGUCUGCAAGAUGAAGCUGCAGCCCGUCCUUUGAUGAGUGAUGUGAUGACAGCCUUAAGUUUUCUUUCUAUGGCCACAGAAGAGAAUAGUAUUCCUCGCACUCUUCCUGCUGCCAUCUCAUCUAAAUUGCAUUGCAUCUCAUCUAAGCUGCAAUUCUUGGAGUGUGGCAAUGAAGGGAAGCUGAAGGAACAAGACUGCUCUGUUCGUGAUGCUGAUUCGGAUAGUGAAUCAGACAGUGAUAAGGGAAGUGUUUAUUCGAGCCGAAGUGGCAGCGUGAAUACUCAUGAAGAAAGUGCUUUGACUCAUGACCAUAGUAGACGAUCCACUGAUGGAAGUGCUUCUUUCAGAGAAGAAAGCAGCAAGGGUUCUCAUAAAGAAAGUACUUUUUUGAGUCACCAAGAUAGUAAGAAAUCGGCAUUCUCAUCAAGCCACAAAAGCAGCAGGAAAUCACAGGAAAAUGAUCCUUAUUCAAGCAGCAGUGAUUCAGCUGAUGAAAGUUCCUCAAGUCAUAAGAGAAGCAGCAAGAAAUUGCUUGUAGGAAGUAGUUACGAAAGUCAAAAGGGCAGCAAGAAAUCAACUGAUGGAAGUGUUUCAUCGGGUCGCAAGAGUAGCAGGAAAUCCAAGGAAGGAAGUGUUUCUUUAAGCCGGAAGAGCAGCAGGAAAUCUCAGCAUGGAAAUUAUAAUACCAGCAGGGCCUUGCAUGAUGAAAGCAAUUCUUCAGGCUCAAGCAGGAAGAGCCCGCAGCAGCAGUAAUGGAGGAUCACAGGAUGAAA